AUCAUGAGUGCGAGGAGGUUUGUGCCCUGAUGUUUUGGUUGCGUCUUGCUUGGUUCUUCUCACCAAUUAUAGGUCCCUCCUCAGUUCGCGCUUUGUCUGGCCCGCCUCGUCGAGCUCGCUAGGGCUCUCAAGGACUACGAGUCGGGUAUCACAUCAACCGUUGAGGUCGAUCGAGCGGAGUGCGUGCGUUUGUUCGCGCGCUAUAAAACGGCGGUUGAAGCGUUUGUCACUCGCGACAACCGGUUGGGCGGGCAUCGCCGCCCCACUUUAGAGGUCAUGUUUCGCGAGCUCCUAGAGCAGAUGCGACAACUCAUCCGAGGGGUGAACACCCUCGCCAGCAUCUCGCCCUCCUCCACUGCUGCGUCUCAGGCGCGUUCUGGGCGCGUCUCACAGAUUCCUCCCGAGCUCGUUUUUUCCUUGCGACACCAGGGUCGCCGGGCGUUCCGCCCAAAUCCCUCUCUCGACCCUGCUCCCCCUUCUCGUCGACGGCGCCAUGCCGGCGACUCCUCUGCUACGGCGUCGUCGUCUUCUCGGGGCGGUGGUUCCGCUGCCACCCGUGAGGGUUCCUUUGUGGAGCUCUCAUCCGAUUACUCCGAAUAAGGGGCUCGUCCCCUGCGUUUUGCUUCUUGUAAUAUAUUUAGCAUAGCUUACUU